AUGGACAAGCUCAUGAACGCCGCGCAGGAGUACCUCAGCAAGGACGACGAUAAGCCCAAGCAGCACCAGCAACAGGGCUACGAGUCCCACGGAGGCAACUACCCCGCAGGCGCUGGAGCCUUUGCUGACGACGACGACGACGAAGACGACUACCGCCACGCUGCAAACCAAGCCUCGCGCCAUGCGGGAUCACACGGCGAUACGGACCUCUUCUCGAGCGUGCUCGGCGCCUUGACGCAGAAGAAGGGGCAGUUGAGGAACGAGGAUAUCGAUGAGGAUGUUCUCGCCGCAGAGGCCGUCGACAAACAUAAGAAAUACUUUGGCGACGAUGACGACGGCGAAAAGGCCGACGACAAGGGCCUCGGUGCCGCAGCCGCGAUGCAGGCCCUCAAGAUGUUUUCCAGCGGACAGACGGGCGGGCAGAAGCAGUCCCAGGGCGGGUUUGCCGGUCUCGCAAUGGCCGAGGCCAGUCGGCUUUUUGACCAGCGCCAGUCCCAGGGCAAGGUCGCUGACGGCACAAGCAAGGAGUCGGCUAUCCAACAGGCGGGCGAGAUGGCGCUCAAGAUGUACUUCAAGAGCCAGGGGCAGCAACAGGGCGGUAUCAUGGGCUUGGCGUCCAAGUUUAUGAAUUAA